AUGGUGUAUUUUACUUGGUUAUUUGUUUUAUAUUUAUAUUCUAAACAAGUAGUAUCUUUAGCUCUUAUGGACAUUUUAAUUACGAAUAAAACAGCCAAAAAUAAUUUAGAAAAAAAGCAAUCGUUUAUAACAGCAAAAAUUAAAGAAAUUACUAUAACUAUGACCCGAUGGGAAACACAUCAUCAAUGCAUUACAUUGACAGCUAUAGAUCAUUCAAAAAUAAAUAUAAAUACAGAUGAUGAAAAAUCAAAAUAUGAAACAAUUGUGGGCACUAGAGAUAUAUAA